UGUUCGCGGAAGAAGCCAUGUUAAAGUUGUGUUUACAGAACCAGCGCGAGUCCGGGUCCAUCCCGGUCGGUCCGGGCCAGUUCUGAGUCUCCUGUCCGGGAAGAUGAGCUGCCGUCCGGACAUUUUCCGCGGGCGCCCGCAGGAGGACUUCCAGCUGAUCCAGCGCGUCGGCAGCGGGACAUACGGUGACGUCUACAAGGCGAGGAGUGUCACCACCGGAGAACUUGCUGCCAUGAAGCUCGUCAGACUGGAGCCAGGGGAGGACUUUGCGGUGGUGCAGCAGGAGAUCCUGAUGAUGAAGGACUGCAAACACUCCAACAUCGUGGCGUACUACGGCAGCUACCUCCACAGGGAGAAGUUGUGGAUCUGUAUGGAGUUCUGUGGAGGAGGAUCACUGCAGGACAUCUACCACAUAACCGGUCCGCUGACGGAGUCUCAGAUCGCCUACGUCCUGCGGGAAACUCUGCAGGGUCUGUUCUACCUGCACAGCAGAGGAAAGAUGCACAGAGACAUCAAGGGAGCGAACAUCCUGCUGACUGAUAACGGAUACGUCAAACUGGCGGACUUUGGCGUGUCGGCUCACAUCACCGCGACUGUUGCUAAGAGGAAAUCCUUCAUCGGGACUCCAUACUGGAUGGCGCCAGAGGUGGCGGCGGUGGAGAGGAAGGGUGGAUACAACCAGCUGUGUGACAUCUGGGCCGUCGGCAUCACCGCCAUCGAGCUGGCAGAGCUGCAGCCGCCCAUGUUUGACCUCCACCCCAUGAGAGCUUUGCUGCUGAUGACAAAGAGCAGCUUUCAGCCUCCCAGACUGAAAGACAAGGUGACGUGGACCGGAAACUUCCACCAGUUCGUAAAAAUCGCUCUGACCAAGAACCCGAAGAAACGACCUGCUGCUGACAAACUGCUGCAGCAUCCAUUCAUCUCUCAGCCUCUCAGUCGCACUCUGGUCAUCGAACUGCUGGAUAAAGUCAGUAACCCGGACCAGACGUCCUACCAGGACCACUUGGACGAUGACGAGACGGACGCAGAGGUCGUCUCUGUCCCUCAGAGGAUCCCGUCCGGAAACUCCAGAGAAGGAAAAACACUGUCGGAGAUCACCUUUGAUCAGAUGAAAUUUGACCCUCCACUGAGGAAAGAGACCGAAGCUCAUCAUGAAGAGUUUGACUCUGAUCGUUUCCUGGACUGUGAGGAGGAGCUGUACUACACCGCAAGAUCACACCUGGAGCUGCAGAUGGAGGAUGAAGAGGCUGCUGCAGGAUCAGGAUCCGUCCUCAGUGGGAACAGGGGUCAUGAGACUCACCUGGAUGGUGAGGCUGCAGGUGAGGAUGAAGAUGAGGCUGAGGAUGAUGACAGCUGUGUGGAAGUAGGGGAGGAAGGUGACCAGUUGGGAGUCUCUGAUGCCGCAGGUUGCCAUGACGACGACGGUGCAGUGCAUGUAAAAGAGUCAACGCUGCAGCCCAGCCCUCCUCCUCAAGCUCCUCCCCCUCAGGACGGACCCCCCCCUCCUGACGAUGGUCUCCAAGGAACCAUGAAGCAUCAUCCUCUGACUGACAGCCCCACCCGCCCCACCCGCCCCACUGCCCAGUGCCCCCCCAGACCUCCACCCCCCAAACACCCCCCCCAAAGACUCAGCAGCCUGGGCAGUGGUCCGUCCUCCUCUGUCCAUCAGCCUGUGGUGCCCCCUGCUGUCCACCGCAGUGAGGAGCAGAGAGACGCUGCAAAACUGGUCUCUAACGGACUCCCACCCACACCCAAAGUCCUUAUGGGAGCUUGUUUCUCGAAGAUUUUUAACGGCUGUCCUCUGAAGAUUCACUCUGCUGCCUCCUGGAUCAACCCCAACACCAGAGACCAGUAUCUGAUCUUCGGAGCUGAGGAGGGAAUUUACACUCUGAACCUGAACGAGCUGCACGAGAGCUGCAUGGAGCAGCUGUUUCCUCACAGGUGCACCUGGAUCUACGUGAUGAACAACACUCUGAUCUCCAUCUCAGGCAGAGCCUCUCAGCUGUACUGCCACAGUCUGGCCGGGCUGUUUGAACAGGCUCGGCACAAACAGAAGCUGCCGGUUUCCAUCCCGACUCGCCGCCUGCCGGACCGCAUCCUGCCCCGAAAAUUUUCCAUCUCCAAUAAGAUUCCCGACACUAAAGGCUGCCUGAAAUGCUGCGUCGUGAGGAACCCCCACACGGGCCACAAGUACCUGGGAGGAGCCUUCCAAUCAGGUGUGGUCCUGCUGGAGUGGAUAGAGCCGAUGCAGAAGUUCAUGCUGGUGAAGAACGUGGACUUCCAGCCACCGUGUCCUCUGGAGGUUUUGGAGCUGCUGGUUGUCCCGGAGCAGCCGUACCCUCUGAUCUGCAUUGGCAUCAGCAAAGGAACCAAACCGAACCAACCCAUCAGCUUCCAGACCCUCGACCCCAACUCCUCGUGCCUCGCUCCCCCUGACUCAGUAAACCCUCAGAGUUGUGUGAUCCAUGUCUCUCAGCUGGAGAAAGACACCGUCCUGGUCUGUCUGGACCGUUGUAUAAAGAUUGUGAAUCUCCAGGGGAAGCUGAAGUCCAGCAGGAGGCUGUCAGCCGAGCUCACCUUCAACUUUCAGAUUGAGUCAAUCGUGUGUUUGCAGGACAGUGUUUUGGCCUUCUGGAGACACGGCAUGCAGGGGCGGAGCUUCAGAUCUAAUGAGAUCACUCAGGAGAUCAGCGACACGAGCAGGAUGUUCCGCCUGCUGGGGUCUGACAGGGUGGUGGUUCUGGAGAGCAGAGCAACAGAUAAUCCAACUGAAUACAGUAACUUGUACAUCCUCGCUGGACACGAGAACAGCUACUGAGACCAGAACCAGAAAGAGACCAGGACCAAACCAGGACCAAACCAGGACCAAACCAGGACCAGGCCAGGACCAGGCCAGGACUACUAGGAUCAAACCAUUUUACACCAGGACCAAAACAUUUCAAACUAGUGUCACUCCAGUUUGUGAGAACUGAGGCUGAUGGCAGAGUAAGAAAGUGUAAACAGAUUUUAAAUUGGAGUUUGUGUCUGAUGGACGUCAGGACAGUUCUCAUGCUGUUCUUCAGUUCACCACCAGGAGGCAGAAGUGGAGUCUGUCAGGGAGAUUUGAGCAGCUCCCGUCUUCUCUGUUUCACACUCAGAGGCCUCAGAGACGUUUGAUAGUGUUCAUACGUUUAUCGUCUCCGCUCGUCUCCGAGCUGUAACGGUACAAAGAAAGUUUGUGACAAUGAAAGUUUUAGUAAAUGAAUUCACUUCCUGUUUGUUGUUUCUGUCGUCACAGAACCUGCUUUACAUUUAUUCAGUCUCUUAUUAGAUGAUGUGUAAAUACUGUAAAAUAAAAAGUCUUUUUUUACACUGA